AGUAAAGUCACCUAAUGUGAAAUAGGUUCCUAGUGUGAAAUCCCCUCUUAUAAAAAGAACUACAUACGCCAUCUGCCCUUGAAUUGACGUAUUUGGUAAAUCUUUUCAUAACUUUCAAUAUGUAGAAAUCUGUCAGGUCUAUUGCGCAGUAGAUCAGAAAUAUUAAACUGAACGUGGUUUAAGUCAGAGCUGACUCUUUUUCAUCGGCAAAUAAAAGUUAAUGUACCUUGUUAUUUCCAUACUGUUUUGGAGAGUUUUUUUUUGAGUGAAUAAAAUAUAGAUGAAAAUGCCUUCAAAAAUAUUAACCAACAUAAGUGGAAAGAAGAAGAUAUGAAAAACGCUGUAGAAGCAGUGAGAAACCAUCAAAUGGGAUAUUUGCGAGCUGCAAAAUUUUAUAAUGUACCACGUGCCACUCUAUUCAGGUACUGUAAAAGCGUAAAAAAUAUUAAUGAUAUCAAAAAAGAAUCAUUGGGAAGAAAUCCCAUUUUAUCUCUAGAAUUGGAAAAUAACCUUGUGGACCAUGUCCUGAAAAUGGAAAGACAAUUUUUUGGAUUAACGAGAAGAGAUCUACGUUCUCUUGCAUUUCAAUUAGCGAAACGUAAUAACAUUCCAAAUAAGUUUUCAUUACUACAAGAAUCUGCAGGAAAGAAAUGGAUGAAGGGAUUUCUUAACCGGCAUAGGGAUAAAAUCAGCUUUAGACGGCCAACAGGUACAUCUGUUGUUAGGGCUGCUGGGUUUAACAAACAAAGUGUAGACGAAUUUUUUGACUUAUUGGAAAAUAUUAUGGAAGAGAAGAAACUUUCUCCUAGGCAAAUGUUCAAUGUAGAUGAAUGUGGAAUAAGCGUUGUACAGUCUAAGUGUCCUCAAAUUUUAGCUAUGAAGGGUAAACGUCAAAUUGGGACCCUUACUUCUUCAGAGCGGGGAUCGCUAAUAACUGUUUCUCUCUGUAUGAGCGCAGAUGGAGUAUUCGUACCGCCAAUGAUCAUUUUUCCGCGCAAGAAUUGUAACGAACAAUUGAAGAAGGGAGCUCCACCUGGCAGUUUGUUUAAAUUCCACCCAUCAGGAUGGAUCCAAAUGGAUCUAUUUACUGUUUGGUUUGAUCACUUUCUCUCAUACGUUCGUCCAUCUGAAAUCAACCCGGUCCUAUUGAUUUUGGAUGGGCAUAACUCAUACAAGAAACCUAGACGUUAUAAUAAAAGCAAAAGAAAAUUUUGUAACAAUACUUUCCUUGCCGCCACACACCUCCCAUAAAAUGCAGCCACUUGACAAGACAGUAAUGGGGCCUCUGAAAAUAUUUUAUAAUGAAAAAUAAGAAUAUUUUUGAAAGAGAAUCAACGCUCUGUUAAUCAUUUUGAUGUAUGCGAACUGUUUGGGCGGGCUUAUUUGAAGUUACAAUCAGUAGAGCGAGCCAUCAAAGGAUUUGCUACCACAGGAAUUUAUCCAACUAGGAAAAAUAUUUUCAAUGAAGAAGAUUUUUUAGUGAUUGAACGUAACAAGGAAAAUGCAACUGCUGACAAUGUAUCUAUGCCAGAGGCAUCAAUUGAUAACCAACAAGUUGAACAAAGGGCGGCAGUACAAGCAAGUUCCUUGUCAAACCAGAAGACAUUGCUCCAAUACCUACCGUACAAAUAAAAAAAGGUACUCGAGGCAGAAAACCAGGAAGAGCAAAAAUUAUUACUUCGACGCCGAAUAAGGAUGAGCUCGAGUUAUCUUUAAACGCGCCGACAAAGGAGAAGAAGGUUGCAGUUAAGAGAAAAAUAAUUACAGAAAAUGCAGGUUGUAGUUCAGCCCAGAGAAGUAGUCGUAAUGGUAGAGCUAACAUGAAAAAUAAAAAAAAAAUGCCAGAAAAAUGAUUCAUCAAGUUCAGAAUCUGCUGCAUCAAGUAUUUCUCUCCAUAAUUCUUCGGAAAACGAUGAAAUUUUUCAUGGGCAAGCAAAUCCUGAUCAUGACGUUCCAUGCAUUUUUUGUGAAGAGCAUUCUUCUGAGAACAAUCGCGGUGAAAUUUGGAUUAUGUGCUUCAUGUGUAAUUACUCGGCUCACGAAGAAUGUGCAGGAUCAGAGAAAGAACCAUAUGUCUGUGACUUCUGCCGUUGAUAUAAUAUUUCUCGAUCUUAAAUUUGUUUGAAAAUUUCAAAAUUAAAAUGACUUUCUUUA